GUUUAGUGUUUUGUUUUGUUUUUAAAUUUUAAGUGUUUCUUUUAUAAGUUAAAAUACACGAGAUCAGAACCCUUUUAGUACUGUAAAGUGUAAAGCAGGAAGCUAACGUGAAAUUAAUAAAGAAACAAGCAGAGAAGCUAAUUGUGGAAAGUUGUCCAGAUAGUGACAAUGAGCAACUCUGCGGAACCCAAAGUGACUACAGCUCCACACAUAGUGAAAGAAGAGCUCAUGGCAGCAGGGAAAUGGGUGAAAAUGGAGAAAACAACAUAUGUGGACCAAGCUGGAAACACCAGAACCUGGGAGACCGUGAAAAGGACAACAAGGCAAACCAACACAGAAGCAGAUGGUGUGGGAAUCAUCGCACUACUGAAACGGACACUCCAUAAAGACUGUGUAGUGAUGGUGAAGCAGUUUCGUCCUCCUCUGGGAUGCUGCACUCUAGAGUUUCCUGCAGGAUUGAUUGACGACGGGGAAUCUGCAGAGGCUGCUGCACUGAGGGAGCUGAAGGAGGAAACUGGUUACAAAGGGGAAGUAGUAGGAGUCACUCCAGGUAUAAUUACACAGAGACAUACUGCGCACUUGAUUGCAUCAGCUGCCUCUCCCGCCUGCAUCUUAUCACUUCAGUGGUCCCAUAUCCAUUUUUAUCUCAGGGAACUAAAAUUGACCUGUCUGGACCCCGGGCUGUCUAACUGCACCACCCAAAUCGUCCUGGUCAACAUCAAUGGAGACGAAGUGGAGAAUAUUAACCCGACACAACAGCUUGGUGAUGGAGAGUUCGUUGAAGUCAUUCUCUUACCACUUGAUGAAUUCCAAAUGAAAAUAGAUGAUCUGCUGAGGAAAGAGAAAAUUGUGGUGGACGCUAAAGUUUACAUCUUUGCAAUGGGGAUGGUUCAGGCGUUUUUCAAACCACGGGAGCUCCCUGUCCUGAAGCAGUGAAGAAAAAUGUUCAGGAUGAGAAUGAGAGAAAGAAAUAGUUUUUUCUGUUACAUAGGGCUCCUACACAUGACCAGAAAAUUUGGAAAUAUAUUGAAAAGGAAAUGGAUGAUUUCCAAAUUCUAUUAAGACAUUGUAUGAAGAAUUACUCUUUCAUUGUGGUAUUAAAUCCCAUGUAACCUACUUUACUAUUUGUCUAUGAAGUGUAAUGACCAUCCGUAGAGCAAUAUGGCAGUUAGAAGACGCAAUGCUACUAUGUGUUUAAAUCAUAUUGAACACAAAAAUCUUAAAAACAGAUUAUGAAAUCCAAGUCUUGAAAGAGCCUUGGAUUUAGAAACUGAACCUGUGAAGGAGCCCUGUUUACACCACAUGUACUGGGUCACUUUUUGCUCUCAGUCUGGAGGUACUUAUAAUACACCUCAAGGCCGAAAAAAUACUCUGGUGGCCAAAUGUCAAUUGUUUGCGCACUUAAAGCAGAAUAUGUUUCAGGCUUUAGUCUUGCAUGCCUUAAGUGACUAACAGUCAUUUCCAGGUUUUUAUUAGAUUAUAAGUAUAUUAUAGGGAUAAAACUUAUCGUAAUUUUUAUUUAGUGAUUGUAAAACAUUCCUUACAUGUGUUAACAUACUGUUUUGCUGACGUAAAGGAAGAAAUCACCUCAGAACACUUUUACUGUUAAAACCUGACAUUAAGUGAAGUAUGUUGAAAAAUUUUCCCCAUUUGUUUGGUAUAUGAAUCUUUUUUUUCUUGGAUAACUUCAAUUGCAAAUGUCAGGAUUAGGUGUCAGUCCCUCAGAAUCAAAGAUUUUUGCACAAACAUUUAACAGUCGUCCAUAGAGAUCAAUCAAUUAAAGGAAAACCAGAAAUCAAUCAAGCACACAUCCCUCUUCUGGAUUUUGUCUAAAGGCAUCCUGAGAGCUGAGGGAAUUCACUCACUAACAUUAGAGAAAGUAAAUGAGUCUUUAGUCGCAAAGCAAUUACUGCAUUGUGACGAUGGCAACAUUUUUUUGGUCUAUUGAAAGUAAGAUGAAGGAGGAUUUUUUUUUUCUUUUGAUGCCACUGUAAUGUACAGCAGAGGUACUGUAUUGAUAAAAGCAGUAACUGAUAAAUGGGAAAUAUUCCAUGCUGUGCCUCCAAACUCAUUAUGGUGCAAUUAACUGGAAACUGAUACUGUACUUACCCUAGAACCUAGAAAUUACUGACCAAUGAAUAAAUGUGAUACUACCUUUGCUCUAA